UCUGUGCCUUUCCCAAUUCUUUUUUUGUGAUGUGUUUGUUUUAUUGGAGCCUGGGGUGUUCUUUUGAUCAACUCAAUCUCUCUCUGGCACUUGAGCCCUGAUUGGCUAAAGGGUUUAGAGGGAAAAUCUUUAAUUAAGUAGAUAAUCUCUUCUUAGCAAGUUUGCAACUCCAUUUCUCUACCCCCUUGGCUCUCACUUGGGAUCUCAUACCGGGCCAGACUCAACACUUUGGAGAAAUUUUGUCUGUAGUGUCUCAGGGUAUUCCAGUUUUGGAUUAUGUUUUAUACUGGAUCCUUUUGGUUUAUCUUCUUCAUACUGCCAGCAAUUCCGUUUUGCCACUCUUGGUCAGUGAACAAUUUUCUCAUGACUGGUCCCAAGGCCUACCUUAUCUACUCAAGCAGUGUGGCUGCUGGAGCUCAGAGUGGUAUUGAGGAGUGCAAAUAUCAGUUUGCCUGGGACAAGUGGAACUGUCCUGAAAGAACCCUGCAGCUCUCCAGUCAUAGUGGACUACGAAGUGCAAACCGGGAAACUGCUUUCGUCCAUGCAAUCAGCUCUGCCGGAGUCAUGUACACCCUAACAAGGAACUGCAGCCUUGGAGAUUUUGACAAUUGUGGCUGUGAUGAUUCCAGGAAUGGACAACUUGGAGGACAAGGAUGGCUCUGGGGUGGAUGUAGUGACAAUGUGGGUUUUGGAGAGACUAUUUCCAAGCAGUUUGUGGAUGCACUGGAAACAGGACAAGAUGCCAGGGCUGCCAUGAAUCUACAUAACAAUGAAGCCGGACGAAAGGCAGUAAAGAGUACCAUGAAGAGGACCUGCAAAUGUCAUGGUGUAUCCGGAAGUUGUACCACGCAGACCUGUUGGCUUCAGCUACCAGAAUUCAGAGAGGUGGGGAAUUAUUUGAAAGAGAAAUAUCACAAAGCCCUUAAAGUGGAUCUUUUCCAUGGAGCAGGUAACAGUGCUGCCAGUAGAGGAGCCAUUGCUGAAACUUUCAGAUCCAUUUCAAAAAAAGAAAUAGUACAUCUUGAAGAUUCCCCGGACUACUGCCUGGAGAACAAGACUUUGGGACUUCUGGGUACAGAGGGCAGGGAAUGCCUUAAGAGAGGCAAAGCACUCAGCAAGUGGGAGAAAAGAAGCUGCAGACGUCUUUGUGGUGACUGUGGUUUAGCCGUUAAGGAACGAAGAGCAGAUAUGGUAUCAAGCUGCAACUGCAAAUUUCAUUGGUGCUGUGCAGUCAAAUGUGAGCAGUGCAGGAAAAGCGUCACCAAGUACUUUUGUGUCAAAAAAGAAAAACGCGGAGGAGGCAUUCCACGCAAGAAGGAAUCCAAGCUUAAGAAGAAACUUUAGACUAUUUAGAGCCAUGAACUUUAUGUUUUUGAAAUCAUAGCACACCUACAUGGACAGUGAGAGUGCACCAAUCCAGCUAGGAAAAGAAAGAAAAUGUUAUUAUUUUAGAGUAGGAGUUUAGAGAACGCAUGCGAUGACAAUGGGGGUUUCAAUAGCUUGGGUUUAUAAAGUGCUUGUACAAUGAACUCUAGGAUAAGUAUUGCCAAAGCCAAUGUUUUAAAAACAACUUGCAUACUAUGCUGUUAAAUGUCCUUGCCAGAUAAAUAUGUAUACGAUUUUGGCAAAGCAAACAAACAUGUGUAUCCUUUAAAAAUAAGCCAACAUAACAAUGUAGGGUGCAACCGAUACAUAUACUGAGGCACUGGCAUAUUUUUCAGAGGCAAGUUUGGUGUGUCUAUUGACGCGGGUAGGAAUGGGAACCCUGAAACUACCACCACCUUUAGGGUCAGUCCACACGAGCAGAUUCGGGGAGAUUAGUCGCCCCAGCAACAAGUCCCCUCUUCUUCAGGGCAACAAUCUCCUCGAACUGCCUCCCCCUGCCGUCUGCUGGCUAAAAUGAAAAUCCCUGUGGCAAUUCACACGCGGCGCUUCGUUUUCCGAAGUCGCCCAAAGUUUCCUCGCAAGAAAACUUCGGGUGACUUUGGAAAUCUGCUUGUGUGGACUGACCCUUAAGCUCCUGCAUUCCCCUACGUCAAUAGAUGCACUUAAUUAAAUUCAGAACUGGAAAAUACACUUUAAACAAUAGUGUCCAUUUGUGCAGCAAAUGCAGCAAAGUUUGUGUGACCAUAACUUUAGUAAAGGACCUCCAUAUUAUCCUGUUGUGCCCAAUUACCUACAACUAUUUCACUUAUUACCAUUCUCAUGGACUUUAUACGGCUAUUUUUCUAAAUGAUAUUUCGUAAUUAAGUAUGUUUAAUCAUUAACGAUUAAUACUUCUAUAAGCAGAAAAAUGUUGGGUUGUAACUAUUUAAUGUGUACAUAGAAAGGCAAGCACUUUUACAUUUUAAUUUAUUGCACAGGUUAUGAAUAUAAAUAUUAACAUUAUCUGUGUUUUUUAUGUACAGUAAAUAUUUUUAGAUAUGGGAUUUUACCUACUGGGCAUUUUACAGGAAACAUGAAUCUUUGGAUAGGAGAAUUAUGCUAGAAAAUGUCGUAAUGUUUCAGGUGUCUGCAUGGAGUAGCUGCUUGGCUAAUUAAAGUUUCAUUAAAACACUAUAAAUAGGCAGUGUCUUUAACUGUAAUUUUACAACUACUGGUAAAGUUGGAAACAAGUGCUUGUUUAAAAAUAAGUUUGCAUCAGAUUUCUGAAAAUGUAAAUAUUGUGAUAUUGUGUUAAUAAAGUAGGCUUAUCAUU